GAGGCGGUUUGUUCUGCGCAGGCGUCCCCGGUGUCCCGACGCCAGGCUGUCUGCCGGGUGGGGCGGGGGCUAGUACCCCUGCGGAUCUCCGGCUGGCGACAUAGGUUACCGGAAUGGGGUGGGAAAGGCUUCGGGACCCACAGCCUGGCGGAUGAACAGAGGAUCUGCUGCCCUGCGGGAUGGAGUCGAAUGGCUCCCUUACUCCCAUCCUGGGUAAUGAGCUACGAGGUUUCAUUUCACUUGAGCAAGGCCACAGUCAGUCUGUGAUGGGGAGCCGGCGGCAGACCUUGGAGGGGUGGAGUCACUGUUUUGGAAUGCCCCAACUUGUUACGAGGGGACUGAAGUGUUUAAUAGGCAUUUAUUGAAUGCCCACUACUUUCGGGAGAAUGCAGUGCUAAGACAUAGCCAUUCCACCUUCGUCCCCUGUUUGGAGGACAUACAGAUUUGUACAUAAAUACUAGUAAAAGGCAGUAAAUUAAGGGGGGUUGAAGGUUAGUUCUUUUCUUUCAAAAUGGCCAUUUAUUAUUAAGUCAGUCUGCGGUGGAGGAUAUGUAGAAGCUAGUUUCUGAAUAGAAGACAAAUCCUAAAUAUUUAAUCUGGAGGAAGAAUUUUAGGUAAAGGCACAGUAAUGCCUUGAUUACUAAGUAGUAUGCUGCGGUUCUUGUUAAUUUAAAUUAAUAGAAGAAACUCUUAACCUUCAAGAAUUGAAGCAAAAAUAUUUCCAAAAUAUGUUAAUAUACUUUUCAGCUGUAUUAAGUACAAAAUAUUACAUGCAUUUGGAUCAUUUUUUUAGAGAUUAAAGAGAAUGUUGUGCCUUAGUCAUCAUUGGUCAUUUGUCCCUGUAUGGGCUGUUGUACCCUAAAUAAUUUUGAGAGGUGGGCUAGGUGUCUCAUGGUGUUUCUGGAGUACUUGCUUUUCAUUUGCCUGAGGUCUUGUGAUUUCCAUGGUGAGGGUGGUUGGCAGUAAGCUAAAAGAGUGAGGAGGAAAGAGAUGGGAAGAAGAGAAGGAAUUUUAGAGAAAAGCCCCCAAGCCAAAGGAAGGCCUUCCACUAUUCCUUUAACCCUUCUGGAAAUCUCAAUUGGAAAGACUGACCUGUCCACUGCAGCCAGCUUGGUGACCUUCCAGGAUCAUGGAUUUUCCUGGUCACUUUGAACAGAUCUUCCAGCAACUGAACUAUCAGAGACUUCAUGGCCAGCUCUGUGAUUGUGUCAUUGUAGUGGGGAAUAGACACUUUAAAGCCCACCGCUCUGUUCUGGCAGCAUGCAGCACGCAUUUCCGAGCCCUGUUCUCAGUGGCAGAGGGAGAUCAGACCAUGAACAUGAUCCAGCUGGAUAGCGAGGUAGUGACAGCAGAGGCCUUUGCCGCGCUGAUUGACAUGAUGUAUACCUCCACCCUCAUGCUGGGGGAGAGCAAUGUUAUGGAUGUCUUAUUGGCAGCCUCUCACCUGCAUUUGAACUCUGUUGUUAAGGCAUGUAAACAUUACCUAACGACAAGGACGCUACCCAUGUCUCCUCCCAGCGAGCGCGUUCAGGAGCAGAGUGCCCGCAUGCAGCGUUCCUUUAUGCUGCAGCAGCUGGGACUAAGCAUUGUGAGCUCAGCCCUCAAUCCCAGCCAGAGUGGCGAGGAGCAGCCAGCCCCCAUGAGCUCGUCCAUGCGCAGUAACCUGGACCAGCGGACGCCCUUCCCCAUGAGACGCCUUCAUAAGCGCAAGCAGUCUGCAGAGGAACGGUCCAGACAGCGCCUCCGGCCCGCCAUGGAUGAGUCUGCCAUUUCAGAUGUUACACCAGAGAACGGGCCUUCGGGGGUUCAUUCUCGGGAGGAGUUCUUUUCACCAGAUUCUCUAAAAAUUGUGGAUAACCCCAAAGCUGAUGGAAUGCCUGACAACCAGGAAGACAGUACUAUCAUGUUUGACCAGUCUUUUGGUGCUCAAGAAGAUGCCCAGGUGCCCAGCCAGUCUGACAACAGUGCCGGCAACAUGGCGCAGUUGUCUAUGGCCUCUCGUGCAACUCAGGUUGAGACUAGUUUUGAUCAGGAAGCUGCAACUGAGAAAAGUGGUUUUCAGUGUGAAAAUCCUGAGGUUGGCCUUGGUGAGAAGGAGCACAUGAGAGUGGUGGUUAAAUCUGAGCCCCUGAGCUCCCCCGAGCCUCAGGAUGAAGUGAGUGAUGUGACCUCACAGGCAGAAGGCAGCGAGUCUGUGGAAGUGGAAGGAGUUGUGGUCAGUGCCGAGAAGAUAGACCUCAGCCCUGAAAGCAGUGAUCGGAGUUUUUCAGAUCCUCAGUCUAGCACGGACAGGGUAGGUGACAUCCACAUUUUGGAAGUCACAAAUAACCUAGAGCAUAAGUCAACUUUUAGUAUUUCAAAUUUUCUUAAUAAGAGUAGAGGAAGUAACUUCAGUGCAAAUCAGAACAAUGACGAUAACAUCCCAAACACCACUAGUGACUGCAGGCUGGAGGGUGAGGCCCCUUAUUUGUUGAGUCCAGAGGCUGGGCCUGCAGGCGGGCCCUCUUCUGCCCCUGGCUCCCACGUGGAGAACCCAUUUAGUGAACCUGCAGACUCCCACUUUGUUAGGCCUAUGCAGGAGGUGAUGGGCCUGCCGUGUGUGCAGACAUCCGGAUACCAAGGAGAACAGUUCGGGAUGGAUUUUUCCAGGUCUGGUUUGGGCCUCCACUCCUUCUCCAGGGUAAUGAUAGGUUCCUCAAGGGGAGGAGCCAGUAACUUUCCAUAUUACCGCCGCAUAGCUCCAAAAAUGCCAGUUGUAACUUCUGUCAGGAGCUCACAGAUCCCAGAAAAUUCUGCCAGUUCCCAGCUAAUGAUGAAUGGGGCCACGUCCUCAUUUGAAAAUGGCCAUCCUUCCCAGCCUGGCCCUCCACAGUUGACCAGGGCAUCUGCUGAUGUCCUGUCAAAGUGCAAGAAGGCCUUAUCAGAGCACAAUGUUUUGGUUGUAGAGGGAGCUCGCAAGUAUGCCUGCAAAAUCUGCUGCAAAACUUUUCUGACUUUGACAGAUUGCAAGAAGCACAUCCGUGUUCACACAGGUGAAAAGCCCUACGCCUGCCUGAAGUGUGGCAAGAGGUUUAGUCAGUCCAGCCACUUGUAUAAACACUCGAAGACCACCUGCCUGCGCUGGCAGAGCAGCAAUCUUCCCAGCACUUUGCUCUAGCUACGUGUCCUCCCGAGACCAUGGUGAAGCCAGUUAGAGGACUGAAACUAAAAUAUCUUGGUAAGCAAUGAAUGCCACUGGGUUUGAGGCUUCAGGCUGCCCAGUGGCUCUUGCAAAUUUCAGCAAUUAAUAAGUGGAGAACUAACACAUGUAGCAUUUGUGCUGCUGCAUUUCUGAGUGAAGUGCACGCCUUGGGAGAGGGAUGCUAUCCCUAAAACCAAGUUCUUCCUUAGGGUUGAGUAAUACGGUCAUAAAGUAGUUUGUAACUGAUAUUGUUCAGAGUGGCACAUUUAAAAAUUUAAAAAUUGCAGUGCAAAAAAAUUUUUUAGCCAUUUUUGUAAAACUCUGUGAAGCAUUAAAUUUCCUAUACCCUCUGAUGGGAGUAUUAUAUCCCUGUACAGUGAUGCAAAACACACUUAUGUGUAACCAGUGGUGACUUGGCGCCUGUCUGAAAAGAAGGCCCUUGAGGACACGCCUGUCUGCCACAAAUGCUUUAAAGUGUAUCAUGAGCUAGUCCUAGGCCUCAGAAAGUACUGUAUUUUUUAUUUUUGUCUGAUUUGCAGUCACAGACACUGCACUUUGAUGGUGCUGACACUGGGUCCAGAGUGAGCAUUCUCUUGGACUAUUAGGUGUAUAUACUUUCAAAUACAUCACUGUUAGAUAGAUGUUUUAACAGUUUUUUUCCGGUUUUAAAAACAAAGUUGUAAAUGGAGUAUGUACUUGUAGAAAGUGACAAGUAAGGUAUUGUUUCUGUAUGUGCUAUUUUAGCAGUGUUCUAACUGACUUGUACUACGGAUGUUACAGUUCCAUGUUAGGAAGUCAGAAAAGAGCUAGUGUUUGUCUUUGUUCUGAUGAUGUGGAGUCAUGUUUUGUGGGGUCUUUCAUGGCACAUCUGCCCUUUGCUCCAUCUAGAUAUCGAGGGCCAGUCCGGGCUGACACAUCCCACCCAAGGACAAGCCUGUUCACACUCCCAUGCCCCAUGUCGUAUCUCUGCCAGGCCUAGAGUACUGUUUUCAGUUACAAACUAACCAAAAAUUCCACCCGCCAUGGGUUUUAUUACUGUUAUAUGCUGUACUCUUAACAAUAUAGACCCAAAACUUGUAUUGUUGUUGCUCCCCCAGUUCAAUACUGAAUGUUCAAAAUUGUUUGAAAUCCAAACACAGUAGUGUUCAUGGAUGUUUUCCAGGCUCCGUUAAGAGUCAGCCCAUAGCACAGAAGUCACCAAGUAGCAUCUGAGACUGUUGGAGAGACAUUCAGAUCACCGCCCAGGGCCUCUCUGGGCCCUCUGGCCUCACAUCCCCAGCCCCACCUUGCCAUCGACCCUGUGCCAUUAGGGCUGUUGGUGGCACCUGUGUAAGGCCAAGCUCUGGCUCAUGUGUGUCCAGGGAACAACCCAGGUUAAUGCAUUUCUAUAGAACUCAUGAAGUCGUUUUAAUUCAUGCAUGAAAAUGAGUUCAUUUUAUUUUUUUAUACAUCUUUCUUAGGGAUACCAAAUCAUUGUGUGUAAUUCAGAGAAAUUAUUCAGUUCUUGUGUUUAGAAAGCUUAAGUAUUUAUGUGGAGCCUAAAACAAAAAUGAGAGUGUGUUUUCUCCUCUUAAUUUAGUGUGUGCAGUUACACAUCUGUGGAUUAAUUCAUAAUGUUCCAGAGGGACUUGACAUCUCCCAUGAAUUGAUUCCCAGGGAGCAAAGCCCAAAAGGAAACCUGUGCUUCCUCUCCUUCUGAGUAGACGUGGGAAAGAGGCCACUGGAGGAUGUGGGAUCACCUGUGGAGUUCAGUUCUGUAUGCGGCUCAUGGUUAGCAAUCGUGUUCUGACAUGAUGUGAGGAGGGAGGCUCUACAUCCACCCCUUUACGUGAUGUAGGGACCAGUGUCUUACAAGGAGAUUGAUCUUGGGACUCAGGUGGGUCAGCAUGGAGAACAAGAGAGGCCCUGCCUGGGCCCGGGGAGAGGAUCCAGUGACACCAGCAGAACAGUGCGGCCCUCCUUCCCUUCUGUCUUGAGGUGUGCCAGGAGCCUGCCCCUUCACCUUCCCUCGGCCAUGUGCAGACGUUGCUUUUGGGGCCUGUCUCUGAUACACGCGGGAGCCCUGCCUCUGCACUGCUAGAUGGAACCUGGACUCUCUCAUCUACCUCUUAGUCAGUCAGUUUCAACGUGUGAGAAGCAAGCUUGUGGGCCAGUGUCCUUGUACAUGCUGUAGCACUUAAAUAAUUCCAAGGUUCUCUGGAAAACCAGUCACAGGGUUCCUAUGAUCUGUAGUUAACUGGUAUUGGGUACCUGAAAUUUGAUUGGUGAGCCUUAAUUAUAGCCUGGCAUGAUCAUGUAGAAGCCUUUCUGGUGAUUAAAUCAUAAAGUUCUAUCAAGGCACCCAUGUCAGUGGUGCUAUGCUGAUCACAAUUUCAGAUUUUGAAAUAAAAAAUUUGUCAUAU